GUAGUCUCCGGAGGGGGCGCUAACCCAUGGUGAGCUUCGUCAGCUUCACUGCAGGGCGGCACUGACAUAUGCGAUUACAGGAUUUCCGAAUACCUGCCCGAUGGGACGAUGAUAUACUCCGCUGCACUGGGCGGCGAAGACCUUGUGGAUUCGCUUAUUGAGAAUUACCGUGCGUUGAAGACGACCACGUGGCAUGGCUAUCCGCAGAGUGUACCAGAUGUCGCAUUCAACGGAUCGGCUGUGUGGGCGAGCUGGAACGGUGCUACGGAGGUUGCAGAGUGGGAAGUUCUGGCGGGCUCGCAUCCCAACGUACUCCUCCCUGCAGCUGUGAAAUCGAAGGCCGGCUUUGAGACUGAGAUCGCUAUCGAGCCUGCGCAUUAUGUCCGCGCAAGAGCUUACAAUGCGAAGGGUGUCGUCUUGGGCGAGAGUCACGUCUUUGCUGCGAACAGCACUGCGGUCUCGACAGUUGGCCAAUACCGGAAGCGUUCUAGAUUGAAGGUGACUUUGACAUACACUGAUCGAGUAGAAUUGGAUGCGUCUAUUGUCCCGGGAACCCCGCUCUACUUAUAACGAUUGAAUGUCUGUCUCGAGCACAUAACGCCCAUACCGCCGCCCAUUCACUUCUCCCAAAAUCAAAGGCAAAUAGUGCAUAGAUCGUGAGUGAUAACAUCUCGACCCGCGUUGCGACCACGGGGUCAUUCAUUACUUGAGACCGCACAAUAAAUUAACAGAGCGGCCUAACG